AUGUGGGCGCGGCGCGUUCCUCCUGCGUACCACCGACAUCCUUUGGCAGCAUUCUUGCGCAAGACUCGCGUCCCGAGACCAGCGCAAUUCUCCACAAAACCCACGACCAAAGCAAAAGGCACCUCUUCAGCUGUGCUGCUCCUCUUUGGCGCUGCGUUGGCAACCGGAUCGGUAGCCACGAUAGCCUGUCAAAAUGUUUUGGUCUGGAGCGAUAUGUCCAAGGCGCCCUCGGCUCCGCCCGAAGCACCCCGACGCGACCAGGUUCCAGACAUUGGAGGUCUUGGCUCAUCAGAGAGGUCGGAGCCCUCGCCUGCUAUUACGGCCGAAGAUGUCAAGGCCAAAUUGAACGAGUCUGCAUAUUCCUGCCUUGAUGGCAAUGUCCAGGGUGUUGCAAGGUACGACGGCGCCCAGCUCGGUUCCAAUCAGGUUUGCGAGGAUGCCUAUAUCCAUGGAAAGCUCCCAGAUCCAUUGACAAGGGGAGAGACGGAGAAUGACUGGAUGGCCUGGGGAGUGUUCGAUGGACAUAAUGGCUGGCAAACUUCCCAAGUACUUACACGACAGCUGCUACCAUACGUACGGCGAGCCCUAAGAGAGGCUGAGCCCGAGAACGGCGUGUUCACAGACGCAGCUGUUCACAGAGCCAUUGAAUCAGCCUUUGUGAGGUUGGAUGAUGAAUUGGUGAAAAGCGCCAUGGAAGUUACCGAGAGCAAUUUGUCGUACCCAGAAAAAGUCAAGCGGCUCGAGCCAGCCUAUUCCGGGGCAUGCGCCCUGCUCACAUUGUAUGACCCUUCCUCCCGAAAGCUCCACGUGGCUUCGACCGGUGACUGCCGCGCUGUAUUGGGGUACAAGACCGCAGAUGGGAACUGGGUAGCCAGACCUCUGACCAAGGACCAGACUGGCUCCAACGCCGACGAGAUUGCCAGACUCAGGGCACAGUUCCCAGACGAGCCCAACAUCUUCCGCAGCAGAGGUCGGAUCUAUGGCAUGCAGCCUUCCCGGUCAUUUGGCGACGGUGUCUAUAAGUGGAACAGGGAGCUUCGAGAACGACUCCGCACAGAGUAUAACGCUUACAGGGAGCCCGGAGAUGCACUGUAUCCAGGCUUUAAUGAUGGCCCGUAUCUAACUGCAUUGCCCGUUGUGACUACAAUAGAGUUACCCACGGGCAAUGCUCCGUCCUUCGUCAUCCAGGCCACUGAUGGCCUUUGGGAUACCAUGGGCAACCAGAACGCCGUUGACCUCGUCAGCAGAUGGUCUGAGCUGACGAUAAACGGAACGAAACCGGCAAUGAGCUUACCUCAAGUUGAUGCCGGACCAGUCAGGUUUGGUCGGUUUCGUUGCUGGUACUCGGAAGCCAGAGCGACCUACCAAGACUCAAAUGCUGCUGUACACUUAAUCCGGAAUGGUCUUGGUGGAGCGCAUGAAGAAAUGGUUUGCUCUGCGUUGAGUUUUGAACCGCCACUAUCAAGAUGGAUCCGAGAUGAUAUCACAGUACAAGUGAUGUUCUUUUCCUAG